GGUAUGGAAGUAGAAACACCCUAAGCACCCUCAAGUGACUUUUUUUUUUUUUUUUCGAUUGAGGAUUAAUUAUACUUUAGGAAUGUGACUUUUAAAACGACUUGUUUGCUUCCUAGCCACCAAUUGGUAGUAUUUCAUGGUAUUUCAAAAGGGAGGGGUGCCUUUAAAGAAAAGCGAAAAAGACAUAGGGAAUGUGAUAUUGUAGCUAAUCCACAGACCUGGAUCUGUGUGAUAAGGAACAUCAUUGUUGAAUGUUCUAUGCAUGCUAGGAUGAUAGUGUCAGUUUGGGUGAGGAAUAAUAGUAAUAGUAAAAAGCACAAUAAAGAGCAUCAGGGGUGACAGCAGGGGAGCAAGGACUCAGGGUCUCAUGGCAACAUCAUAGUGCUGCAAUAACAUGCAACUCUGGCAGUGAGCAGGUUUAUUUACUUCUGAGCUGAAGCCUGGAAUAAGAGCAGACAGAUCUACAGAAGCUGAGGGGAGCCGAGUCGUAAGGACCAACAAGUGACAAAUGGAGGCAACCCAUGACACUGAGAUAAGACGAUGUAUUUGUCCAAAGCCAAAGCAGCGCCAGAAGAAGUGUGAAGGUGAUGGGGUGAGAUCUCUUUCAGAGACACCCAUGCUUCUUUGUUCCCAGCGGUUUCAAGAUCAAGGCCUGAGACGUAAAGCUGUUUCUCAGGAUAACAUAAAAGCAAGGAGCCAUUCUCGACCUAGUGCCAUGGAAAGCAGACCUAAUGAUCCAGAUCUUGAUCUACACCCACAGCCUAGUCGAUGUUUUUCGGCAGAAGAAGCAGUACGUGUCAUCAAGUCUGUCUUGGAUGAAGAGCUGAAGGAUUGUGUUUAUGAUGCCACAACAAGCCAACAUAGAGCAAUGCAGCUUGCAGAGUUAGUAAAGGCAGCAAUAAGAGAUCUUGGGUAUGAACGGUACAAACUUGUCUGCUUUGUUGCAAUAGGUCCAGUAUCACAAGGCACUAUAUAUUGCUGCAGCAGAAGUGUGUGGAGUCCAAAUUCAGAUACAUAUGCAGAAUAUCUGUUCAAGAAUAAUUCUCUCUUUGCACUAUGUGUUGUGUAUGCUGGAUACUAUGAAUGACACUGUCUACAGAACUAAAGUGUGGGAGUUGUAGCACAUGGAUUUUAUUAAAGGGAACAGGAGGGCUUCUACCAUUACUAUAGAACAGGGGUGCCCAACCAGUGGCCCGGGGCCACAUGUGGCCCGCGGAGCCCGCUGAAGUGGCCCGC